UUCUUUCUGGUGGUUGGUUUCGACGUUGGCAUUGAGAUUGGCAGUGUCAGCAACUCAUAAUAUCCAUGACCAAACGAGGGAGCGAAAGAUCACCCUCACACCCUAAUUCAAACUUUGCUCAAUCCCGCACACAUGUUUCCGACUUCGCACCCAGCGGACAGUGGAUGAUGGUUGGAUGGAUAGUCAGAAACAUAGAUAGAUAGAUAGAUAGACGGAUAGCCCUACUACAUAGGCCUGAUGGCGAUCGGGUUCGAUCGUUUCUUUCCCCCUCCUCCUCCUCCUGCUCGUUCUCCUCGUCCUCUCCACUGGUUUCCCUGACUCUCGAGUAGUCUGAUGGCAGGGCCUGAAAUGCCUGGCCUGGUUUUCAAACCAAGUUAUCUUUGCCAAAGAGACACGGCGGACACAUGCACUUCAAAUGGAGGGGGAAGAGAAGGUAGAAGGCCAGGGUGAAUUGGAAGUGGAGAAGUGGAGAAGGAGGAGGCAGAGGGAAAGAAGGCUUGUAGUACGUAGUAUUACGUACUGUAACGGUAUCAUCAAGAAUGAAAGGGGGGAGUCGUGAAGAUCCUCCCUCCUCCUCCUCCUACUCGUUGGUUCGUUCACUUUGUGCUCUGGUAAUACUGUUGUACUCUUAUGUAUGGUGUUCCCGUUGAUCGAGUAGUCUGGCAUAAGGGCGGAGGAGUGUGGCGAAGUACAACUACACAUGGAGGAUGAUGGUGAGGAAGAGGAGGAGAAGGAGGAGGAGGAGGAGGAGGAGGACGGGGAUGGAUGAUGGACAGUCUGGUGGUCUGGCCAAGGGGAUCUGGCCUGAUCAAGGUUUCAUCACAUCAGAAGGGGGAAAAAGAGAGAAAGAGAAGCAAAGAGAGGGAGAAAAGGCGAGGUGAGAAGCCGAGUGCCGAGAGAUUUGGACUUGAGAAAUAGCAGAUUUCUCUUGAAAAUGGUAGAGGAUUGACGAACGAACCGAACGAAGGAACGGAGGAGAGGGAGGCGAGAACACCUGUUAUCCUCCAUCGCCAAAUUAUACCUGUUAAUCUCAAGUAUUCUUCUUAACCAAGGAAAAAAGGAUUGACUCCGGGAAGGUAAGAAGAAGAGAACACACGGCGGCGAUCUUAGGGAUUAGCAUCCUUAUUUGUCCUGAAACCACCGCCAAGCUCACUCACUCACUCACUCACUCACUCAGUGGUGGUCACUCCUCACUUGGAAAGACUUCUUCCUCCAUGGACAACCUGGAUCAAUUCAUCGCGUAUCAAAACAGUGUUCCCGCCUCGUCCUCGAAACUCUUCAACUGUCCCAAAUGUGAUAGCUACUCCGCACCCACACAGGCCAUCCUCAAGCUUCAUAUGGCCUCAAUGCACCCACUUUAUCGGAAUACAUUCCUCGAAUCCACACCCGAAGGCUUCCCGUGUCCAGAGUGUGGGAAGCUCUUCGAGACGGUGAACAAAAAGAACCGGCAUUUCAAGAAUGUCCACGGGGAGAAGAAUCUCAUUUGUCCCCAUUGUCCAUAUCGAACGGGGCGGAAGGACAACUUUGUGGUCCACAUGAGGAAGCAACACCCGGGAAAGGACAUGACUCCGGGGAAAGACCCGGAAGACCAGCCAGUCCCUUCUCCCUCCGAUCCGGCUUCAUCUCCCUCUCCGAGCUUGUUCCCCCAGAUUGGGAUGGUGCUUCCGCAAGCCAUGCUCAUCCAGCAACUCAAGAUACUCCAAACCCUCAAGCUCUUGAAGGACAAGCAAGAGGCGGCCACCAGCAAUUCCUCUUAUCCUGGCAGUGAGAACGGUCAAGGAUCGCCACCCAACCCAUGGGAGCCGGAGGUGUCCAUCGAAUCCGGCGAGGAUUCCAAGCAUAAUUCGCUCAAUGAAUUCUCACUGGAAGAAGAGCCCCGUUCCACCGACACUGAUCCCGACCCGGUUAACUCCAUUCUGUCGGCGGCACUCGGUCCCAUGGGACCUCGAGAAGUAGAGAGGGUCCUGACACGCAAGCGAAAGAUGUCCGUUCCCAAAAAAGCUGCCAAACUACCCUCAGAACCGGUGGGUGAGGGUGAAUCUACUCCCCAAUUUAAGUGCAGUGCGUGCAAAUUCAUCGCCUCCAAGAUGGCGAACGUUCGUUGUCAUAUCAGUCAGACCCAUUUGAAACAUUGUUCGGCUGGAGAGGCUCAAAACUUGACUGUGAUUGAACUAAAGGCUUCGGGUGAUACUGAAGGUGUCGACGAAGAGCUGCUUUGUGAUGAAUGUGAUUUUUUGGCAGCCAAUGAAACCCAACUUGAGGACCACAAACGGAGCUCACACUUCAAGCGGUCCAAGCUCUACCAGUGUAAAGUGUGCGAGUACAGCUCGGUCCACAGUAACAAUGUGAAGGACCACGAGAAGGCCAUUCAUGAUAAAAUUCGAGACUUCAGUUGCAAUGUCUGUGAUUACAAGGCCUCCCACAAGAUGACCGUGGUUCAUCACAUCAAGGGAGUGCACUUGAAAAUCAAAGAAUACUCUUGUCAACACUGUGAUUUUCAAGCCUCUUACCGCUCAACCAUUCGCAAUCACGUCCACAGCAUUCAUUUAACUAAUAAAGAUUUCGCCUGCAAAAUCUGUCCCUAUAAGGCCACUAGCAAGCGAUAUGUGAUCGAUCAUAUCAAGGGUGUCCAUCUGCGGACCAAAGACAAAUCCUGCAAACACUGUCUCUACAAAUGUACCCAUGCCAUAGACCUGCGGAGACAUCUGGCCAAAGCUCAUGACGAACCAGAUCCUCAGGACCUUCCCAAUGCCAAAGAUAUCUCGCCAGAUUUCGAGGACUGCAACGCGGACGAUCUCGUCAUCACGGAAGUCAAGGAUGAAUCUGGAGAUUCUGUGCUCAACACCGGCUUCAAGAAGAACGAUAUGAACAACAUCGACAUCGACAGCAUGAUCACCGAGAUCACCGAGGACGGAGAAUCCAGACUCAGUCCCAAUGAUAAUGGGCCCAAAGACGACCUCGACGCUACGGCUGACACCAAAGAUGGUUCAUUGUCAAACUAGGAAGUAGUAUUUCGUAACCUAGGCUAGAUGUCCGCACCCGCCUCUGAGGCAAAAAAAUCAUAUUUUUCAAUGUCGUACAUGUGAUAUUAAUAACCAAAUACAAAGAUCUAACCAAUGGCAUUUUCAG